AUGAAGGCAAUGAAGGUCAUGAAGGCCACGAAGGCGAGCGCGGCGGCAGGCACCUCGGAGGACGCCUGCUUACCGUGCCACGAGUCCGGGCUCCGCGGCCUUGUGAUGAGUAGCAGUGCUCUAACAAGGCGUCCACAGACACCCGGGUUGACAGAUGUAAUGCUCAAUGAUAGAAGUGACUGCCCGACAUCCCCAGAAUCAGAUGAUGACACCAUAUCCCUCCACUCUGAGGUGUCUGCCAACCUAGCCCACACCCACCUGCUGCGGGGCGGGGGGAAGGGCAAACAGCAGCCUAAGAAAAAGAAGAAGACGCAGCCAUCCAAGACACAGGAACCCAAGGGCCACCAACGUGCACUUAAAGAAGAAUUGUGUGCGAACCACUGGAGCGUCCCAGUCUGCCGCGAAGACGAGUUGGAAUAUGGGAAGGAUGGCAUUGCGCUAGUCAGUAAAAGUGCUUACCUCACCAAAUCCCCAGUGCUGGCAAACCCACCGUUUGCUACUGCAAUGCUGGUACACCCACAAGUUGAAGCUAGUAAGCAAGCAGAUGGGUCAGAAUGGCCGGUCAUCACAGUUUGGGUAACCAGAGACGGGCAGAUCUUGCAACAGACAAGGCGGCUUGUGCAAUGUGGUACCCGCAAGGUUGCAUGCAAUCCCCCUGUAGCUAAAGGGCAGGCCCCCAAAACCCAAGCCAUGUGCACAAUUGUCUUAGAAGUGGUGCGGUCAGCUUUUGCCAACGAACAAGAUUGGCAACGAGCCGCGACCAACGCUUCCUGUGCCAUGCAGCAGUACCUGACAGAGCAUGUAAGCAACACUGAGUGGUCUGACCACAAAAUCAAGAAAUGCAUUCCGCUCACGCGGGAAGGCAAGACCAACGCAAUCGCAGCCUAUGUGAGGUUGCCCACCUCACUAGCAGUGCCGCUGAUCAAGCAUUCCGGGACUCAGGCAUCCAUGGUUUUUGCGAGGUACUACACCUCUAAAGACUGCACGGAUAAGACACCGAAACUUGUCAACCUUUGGUUGAAAGUAGAAGUGCUGCAGCAGGCUAAGCAGAAGUAUCUCGCAUUGCCCCAGAACAAAGUCCAAGGCCUCGCGUGGUCCCCGAAAGGGUUUGCUGUUCGGGUGUUGGAAGAAGAUGCAGCCGCGAUAGCACCGCUAGCUACAGACAUGCCAUACACCGCCGGUGACAGGUAUGAAAUUGCAGGCGUACCGAGGGAUUGGAGCCCGGUUGAGCUUUUUACCAGUCUUGCUACCACAGACACACCCUGGCCUGACAUUGCUAAUGCCAAAUUGCUCUUUCGCAAGGGCCGAGGUGAUUACCAAAAGUGGGUUAUCAAAGCACCACAGCCGCCAACUGCAGUGGUUGUGUUCCUGGACCAGUAUGCCCUAGCCAUAAAGAAGGAAGAACCCACACCCUGCGCCAUGCCCAAGCCACAUGGGAUGCAAGCACCCACUGCAGGCACUUGGGCACAGGCCCUAGGAGAGCACAUGGAGGUAGAGGAAUCAGAGACCCCCUCCCCAACCCACAACGCUUCGCACGCGCACGCAGCUCCUGCCCAGGCGACCGCGCCACAGAUUGAAGUAGCAGCUCCUGCCCAGGCGACCGCGCCACAGAUUGAGGUACCGACCCCAGCUCCUCCCAGUCAUGCACGCAGCCGUUCGCCUGUGCCCACGCAGCGCAACAGCCAACCCCCACUGCGUGAGGAAGUUGAUGGACUGAAGGCCCAGAUGUCCCAGCUUAUGCUCAUGAUGCAACAGCUGCUCGCCAAUCAAAACGCAACCGCAACCCCCCCACCGCAGGCCUGA